UUUUGUGACAUUCUUUUUUUUAUAUUUAAAUUAUGGAGUCUGUGGGAAAUAAUACUGGAAAUUGUGAUGAAUUGAUCAUAAAACAGCAGCGAGAGAUUGAAAAGGAGAUCAUUGAAUCAACUCCCUUGGUCAGUGAAGAACUGCCAUUAACUUGUUUAGUGGCUGAAUAUAAUGGAGACGUCGUUUUGACGGCUAAGAUUGAAGAUUUGGCUGGAAAAUAUAAAUAUAUACGACGAACACGUCCUGACGGAAAUUGCUUCUUUCGAGCUUUUGCCUAUUCAUAUCUGGAGAAUUUGGUCACAAAUAGCCGGGCUUAUCAUGAUUUUCGCAUACUUGCGGAACACUCAAAAGACAAGCUUAUACAACUUGGAUUUCCUAGCUUUACCUUGGAAGACUUUCAUGGAACUUUCAUGGAUGUAAUAAAUCGUGUUAGUCCGGAUAAUAUUGGUGGAUCUCUGCAAGCUAAAAAUGAAUUGCACUGUGUAUUCAAUGAUCAGGGAUAUUCCGAUUAUGUGGUUGUUUAUCUACGUUUAAUCACAUCGGGAAAAUUGCAGGAGAAUGCUGAAUUCUAUCAACAUUUUAUUGAAGGUGAUCUUUCCAUUGAAGAGUUCCGUCAUCAAGAAGUCGAACCGAUGUUUAAGGAAUCGGAUCACAUUCAUAUCAUUGCUCUUUGCACGGCCCUGGGAGUGGGAGUACGUGUUGAAUAUCUGGACAGAGGCGAAAGUGGCACUGUGAAAACUCACGAUUUCCCCGAGGGAUCACAGCCAAUGGUUUAUCUCAUUUACAGACCCGGACAUUAUGAUAUACUCUAUCCAAACUGAAUUUAGAUAAUAAAUUGUAAACAUAAUUAAAUUUGUAGGA